AUUUGCAGAGAUGAGUGAGAAGAAAUUGAUAUUUAAUUUUUAUUAAACGAAUAGAUUGAAUUUAGUGCGUAUCAAUUAUUUGGGUAGUGUUUAUUGUACACAAGCAUGUUUACCAUCGAUGAAACGUCGAGGUACAGGUCGAAUCGUUUUUUUAUCAUCACAAGCUGGCCAAUUAGGUGUUUUUGGCUAUACGUCGUAUUGUUCAACGAAAUAUGCAUUGAAAGGUUUAGCUGAAUCACUUCAAAUGGAAUUAGAACGAGAAAAUAUUUAUAUAACAUUAGUUUUCCCACCAGAUACA